UUGAUUUUUUUGUAUCGAUAUCAAGCUGAAAAAAGUAUUUUUAAAGAUGGCUCUUAAAGGCAUGAGGAAGAGUGAUCUACAACGUCUUGCAUCUCAGCUCAAUAUCAAUAGCGAUGGUUUAAAGGCAAAUCUUGAAACAAGAAUUGUUGAACAUUUAUUAGAAAAUAAGGCAUCACUUUCUAAGAAUCCAGAAUUUUCGUCUUAUUAUGAGGAAUCAUUAGAGGAUAGAGGAUCUAUUAUAAAUAGUGUAAAAGGAUCAUCUCGAAAAAAAUCGGUGGUUAUACAGAAAACAAAUGUAAAACGGCCAUUAUUUUCGGCGGAUCAGAGCGAUUCUUUUGAUUAUAAACAUAAAAAUCAUUCAGAAGGAUCUCUUUUCUAUGAAAAUAAUAAAGCUCGAAAUAGAUUUGAUAAGGGUUUAAAUGAGUCUUCUGAUGCGGCGUCAGAGUCAGUUUUAUCUGAAACUAUUUGUAUUUCUGGUUUAAAUGGUGCAUCUACAUCGAAAUAUACAUUUGGCCACUUUUUUAACUAUAAUGUUCUUUUUGACACGUUAUUAUAUAUACGCAAAUGUUUAUCUAAAGUUUUGGUGCUGGAUUUUUUAUUUUGUAUUUAUGAAUUUUAUAAUCUUUUAAGUUUUUUGAUUCCAUGGUCAUAUAAGGCGUUUUUUCCUUUGUUUUCUUCUUUUUUUGGUUAUAAAAUUCUUUAUUUACCAGAUCUUUCUGUAAUUUUUUCAUUUGAAAAAUUUUGGUUACAUAUGUUAACUUGGUGGAUAUUUGCAAUAUUUAUACCUUUGAUUAUGGCUACAAUGUUAAAUUUUCAUGAAUCAAGGAAAGAAAACUUUAAAAUAGUUGAUCCAAUGACAUUUGCUGUUGUUAAAGCAAUAGUAGUUUAUUUUAUAUUUUAUAAAGGUUUUCAGAAAAGUUUUUUUCUUGCUAAUUCUUUGUCUAUUAUCAAAUCUGCUAUUGGUGUUGAUCUUAUGUUUACUAUGUCUUUUAUAGGAGUGUUAUAUGCAAUGUAUGACACUUUAAUUUCUAGAAAGUAACCAUUUUUCAAAGUAAUAUUUGUAGAUUCUGUAGCUAUAUGAGA